AUGCCUGCUUCAGACGAGCCCAACGGGGCUCUGCCUGAGCUACAGGCAGACCAAGUCUCCCUUCUUGAUACUAUCGACAAACUCAGAGGUCUCGGUGUCGGUGUAUUUGUUGACUUGCCCCAAAUGAUUAUCUGUGGUUCUAAGUCCAACGCAAAACGCUCUAUUAUUGAGUCGAUUUCUCGUAUGGACUUUCCAGUGAGGAAUGAUUUCCACACUGGGUUUGUUACAGAGAUCAUAUUGCGCCAUCAUUCAACUCCACGCUUCAAAGUGAGCAUCCGCCCUGGGGCAUCUAAGAAAAGCGACGAAGACCUCCAGAAACUCAAGACGUUCGUGCCCACUGUUCAUGAAAGUCCCGAGCAGUCAGUAUCACUGAUCGAACAAGCUACCGAAUUCAUUCGACCUUCCGUUGAGGAUGGUUUUAGUGACGAUGUCCUUAUGGUCGAAGUUUCUGGUCCCGAUCAACCUGACCUGACCCUUAUCGAUAUGCCCAGGCUGUACUUCGCGGAAGGAAUCGAUGGUGGAGAUGGAGGAAAGAGCUAUGGCCGUCUUCGCAUUGAAGAUUACGUGCUCAAUGCACGCAGCAUCAUUCUCCCUGUGGUAUCGGCAAAAAUCGACAUUUGUGCUCAAAGGAUAACCGAUUUUGCUGACAAGUAUGACCGAAAACGACAGCGGAUCUUAGGAAUUAUCACCCAUCUCGAUACACUCGAGCCAUCGUCGGACGAGGAAAAGCUAUGGCUUAAGGCGAUCAAAGACGCAGCGCCCGACCUUCCACUAGGGUUGCAUUUGGUGUGCACCCAAUGUUACGAGACACGGGAUGUCCUAGACGAAGAGAGAGAUGAGAAGGAGAAGGAGUUCUUCGAGCGAGGUGAUUGGAAAACUGUGGCAAGACAAUCCACAGGAACUGCCAACCUUCGGCGUCGACUCAGUACUCUUCUUUUGAAUCACGUUCAAAGCAGCCUCCCAAGUCUGGUUUCCGAAAUCGACCAAAUUAUUCUGGCGAAUCAAUCGACGCUGGCCAAGCUAAGUGCUCCUCGAGGAACCAUUCAGCAGCAAAAGGCUUUGCUAUUCAAUCUGAGCAGUGCUUUCCAGCGCAUAACCGAACAAGCACUGAGUGGCAUAUACACAGAUGAAUUCUUUGCUACCUCUGGUAAAUUGCAGACUCGUGACCCUCGACGUCUUCGCGCUCUUAUCCGUGACUUGAACGAGAGUUUUGCACAUGUUAUGGAGGUCUCCGGUUGCCGCCAAUUCAUUCAUGGAGUCAACAACCAGAUACUCUCAUUGCCACACCCUUGCAACCCUUACGCAAAUAUCAGAAAGCCAGAGCACAGGAGCCGAUUCGAUUUCGAACUAGAGGUUAUUGAGCAAAUGUGCCGCGACAGAGGACUUGAAUUUCCAGGCAAUGCUAGUCACCUGGUGGUGGGUAACCUGUUUCGAGACCAGUCGCAACCUUGGGGGGAGAUUGCUCAAGCCCAUUUGAUGAAAUCAUGGGAGACCACCCGGAUCUUUGUGUCGCUUCUGCUGGACCAUCUUACGGACGAACACAUAUCCGCAGUAAUAAUGCGGACCUUAAUCCAACCCCAGCUUGAUGGAAUGAAAGACAGACUAUUGGCGAAGGUAGAUGAGUUGACUGCUUCCCACAAGCGAGACCACCCAUUGCCUAUGAGUGGAAACUUUCUUCGAGGUCAUCCAUUGCCUGUUGAGCAAAGUUUCCUUGCCAGGAUGCAGAGAUCCAGAAAUGACCGCCUGCUCGCCAACCUACAGCAGAACCUUCCUUCAACUCUGAACAAUACUUUCAACAUGGAAGAGCUCAAGUUAGCUACUCAGAACGUGGAAUUGGCAGGCAAUCAGACCGCAGCUUCGGACAUCGUUGACCAGUUCCAAUCAUAUUACAACAACGCUCUUAUGAUCUUCACGAACAACAUUGCAACUCUUGGGGUUGAAAGUUGCCUCCUCAGCCCUCUGAAUGUCGUUUUGACAACCCAAACAAUCGCCAACAUGGACGACAGCCAAGUCAAUGACCUUUUCGCUGGUAUACACGAUGGUGUGCAGAACUGGAGAGACGAACUGAAUGGUAAUUUGGAGAAGUUGCAAAUGAGCCUGCGAGUGUUGAAACGAUUCAAGUUUGCAAAGGAAUCAAAACCAUCGAUUGGAACUACCAACCAGCCUGGAUCAUGUUCGGCUCAUGAGUGUUCAUCUCACCAGUCGUUCCUCGUGCCACAAGGGAUUCUUUGCAAUGGUGCAUCUACCAAUACUUCGGUCUCACCUUGCCCCAGUGGUCCAUCCAGCUUGAACCCCAGUGUGGUCAAUGGUGGGACAGUGAGCGCUCCAUCUGAAUCUUUCCUCUUUGCAGGCCCCAAUCAAAGCUUCAGUCAGAGUUCUAGAAGUUCCGGUCCAAGUCUAUUCUCUGGGGCUACACGUCAGGUUCCUCAAACUUUUACACCCAGCACGUUCUGGUCUCCCCCUGCUCAGCCUGUUCCAUCCCGUGCACCAGACACCAGUGAUCACGAUCGGAAUUGGUAUUGGGAGGAGAGGGAAACUCGCGAUACUGGCACUUUCAUCAAUCGAUACCACUCAAUUUGUUACCACGAGCGGUACAGAAAUUUCUCGCCAGAGGAGCUUCGAUUGGCCGACUAUGGGCUCGGCCGUGAGACACCCCAGCAACUAGCAAACCGACGUAUUGCGAGAGCGAUUCGAGAAGAUCAAGCUCAAAUUACGAUCAAAUCACCAUCUUUGCUUUGA